UUUGGGAUAUUAUGAUUUGUCAGUUUCCUCGACACCUUCAAUCCACCUUUUGUGUGGCCUUUCUCUUCCUUUAUAGCCCGAGUGCUUUGUGUUAUAAGCUCUCGGGGCUGACUGGCAAGGUGACAUUCGUAACAGGUGGCUAAACCUUUAUUCUCCAUCUUUUUUUAUGAAAUGCAGACAGGAUUCAAGGCCAAUAGUUGCUUCUACUUUUUCAUUUCUCUGCCUGUCUCGUCUUGUGAUGUUAAGGGUUUUGCGGAGACAUUAACAUUUCGCAUGCAGUGAUUUUGCUUUCAUAGUUUUUACUUAAUGCCCAAGUCUGGCACUACAAGAUUCGUACAAUGCUAAUAAUAUAUGAUUAGUCCAGUGUUGCCUCUACAUGUAAUUAACCCUCACGAGCGUCUGCAGGCUAUAUCUAUAUAAGGAGAUCUGGAAACAUUGAUCGAAAUCUGCGAAGCUUGACGUGGCUAAAUUAAGCAUCUGAGUAAAACCCGGACUAGCUUAUUUCCUUCUUCAGACUGUGACGUCGACGGCUAUUUCUAUACCCUCGCUUUUUUACACCUUAUCGGUGACACGGUGUGGUGAAACUGCUUGCUGACAGAUUCUCAGCAGUAUAACAACAGGCACACACCGACCGCGUACGAUCAGAUCAGUUGACUCCUUCACAGCGUGGGUUGCUUCAAACAACAGACCAAGGACUACAUUCAUACAAGUCAGUGGCGCUGCAAGAACAUCAAGGAGCAUCACGUGCAGUGGUUCAAGGAGCGGGGCUGCCAGCGACGGCGCGUGCCCUGUCCGAAGGGAGGACUCAUUCUCUGGGACUCUCGUCUCGUCCACGCCAACGCCCGGCCCAUCCAGGGUCGGCAGAACCCCGGCAGGUGGCGCUUCGUCGUGUUCGUCUGCAUGGCGCCGGCAGCCUGGGCCUCGCACGCAGACCUGGCCAAGAAAGUGGACGCCUACGAGAGGCUCCAGCUGACCACUCACUGGCCGUCCCAGGAGGUGAGGACGUUCUCCGACAGGGUGACCAACAACUCGGUGGCUGACCCCAACCCCAGGAUGACCCUUCCGGAGGUCGCGCGGACGGACGAGGUCAAGAGGUUGGUCGGUGCUUUGGCUUACGACGAGGACGAUGAGGAGGAAGAGGGCAAGUGUGAGGGCGAGGGAGCUGCUGGUUGUGAGAACGUACGGGCCGUGGGGGGAGCGCCGGGGUCAGAGUUCCGGCCAAAGUUCAACAGGGAAAAGUGGCGUGCACACCUAGAGGAGUUUCAGGACUGGAGGGGCAGGGGAAAAGGCGGGAACCGACGACGGGCACACAGGGUGUGAAGCGACAUUGACCUCUUGUGUUUAAAUGCAUGUGAGUGACCUUGACCUCUUGUAUCAGUGGGUGCAAGCGACCUGUUGCGCCAACAUGAGUAUGGCAUGAGUGACUGUGGCGUCUUGUAUCAAUGUGAGUAAGCUUAACCUCUUGUGCAAACUCGAGUAUGAAUGACCUCUUGCGUUCACAUGAGUAUGAAUGACCUCUUGCGUUAACAUGAGUAUGAAUGACCUCUUGUGUAAACUCGAGUAUGAAUUACCUCUUGUGAUGACGAGUCAGGAGCUUAUACUAUAUUUUGACUAGGGGAGGAGUCGAAAGCGAACAAUUCCCCAAUAAAACAUAUGAUGCGUUUGACUGUGUGGGGCUGAGCACUUUCAAUCGCAUGUUUGCAAAGUCAAGGGUCUUCACCCCUCGUCAACAUCAAAGAACGGUCCAAACCCUGGAAAGUAACGUCGGAUUCUGUGAAGUCUGUCAACGCACAGCCCCCCACCCCCUUCCCUUUCAUCCCCAUGCCUUCAGUUUCCUCUCUGAGUGAAAAUAUAGUAUCAGAAUUUAUGGAAUCAAAAUGGUGCUGAUAAUAAUAACAUUUCCUGCCUGGGAUUUCAUGAACCAGACACAAUGAAAUAGUGGUGUCUGAAACCCUGCGCUGUUUUUUUCUUCUUCUUUUUAACUCUGACCUUGAGAUGUUCUAUUUGUUUUACUCUGACCCAGAGAUGUUCUAUUUGUUUUACUCUGACCCUGAGAUGUUCUAUUUGUUUUACUCUGACCCUGAGAUGUUCUAUUUGUUUUACUCUGACCCUGAGAUGUUCUAUUUGUUUUACUCCGACCCUGAGAUGUUCCUUCCUGACUGACUGCUCUCCAGGACAUAAUGCAUAAUAAUUUUACUGACGAAAAUCAUGAUCAGAAGAAAGUGAUAACUCAGCGCAAUAUGGGGUGCAUUUGAACAAAAAUAAUAAUUAAAUGGAUGUAGAUCUAGGUAGGUGUUUUAACGCCUCCGUUGACACAAUUUAGGUCAUUUAGGAGGUGGGCUACCACAAUGCCUUUCAAGGCAAACCAAGUCUUCUUAGAGGGACACAAACUCCCAGCAGAAAAACAUACUCGAUAAAAGCUCUCCUCGCACAGAAAUUGAACUCAGGUCUUCAGUGUGGGGCAGCAAAGUGCCUUACUACUACACCACAGGCGCAAGUGGAGUUUUGGAGAAUGACGAAACCUUUGCACGAUUUUAGGACUCUUUGACAAUGUGAACUAUAAUGCAAAGUCAGAAUGAUUCUGAACCAACCGAUUUUUAAAAGAAACCUCUGAGCAUUGUUUGUAAUAUUGGUGCUACAACCGUCACCUCAAGCUGUCCCCGUCGUUUUAUGCAAGAAAAAUUCUGAAAUUAUGCAAACUGAGCCCAAAAAUGUGAAAUUAUGCGAUUCUGUUAAUUUUUAAAAAGAACGAUAAAGGAAUAUAAUUAGAAAUUAUGCCCAAAAAAAGAUCAAAUUUUGCUAAAUUAUGCGGGAUGCAUAAAACCACGGGGACAGCUCAAGGGGACUGAAGAGAAUCCCCCGGCCGUGACUACGCUAAAGUUGAAAUCUGUUGCUAAACUCUUUCAUUGGUCAACCCUUGUUGUGUGAUAAACAUAGGCACUUUUCUAAAAAAUUCAGAUUGAUUAAACAGAACAAAAAGACACACCAAUGGAUAGAGCCUGUGACACUGAUUAUUAUGCUUUUUAAAUUUUUUAGAUAGCUUUAUUAGUUCAAAAGUUAUGGCCAAUAUUCAUCGUCAUUUUUCAGGCAAAAUUGGUCCAUUUUUAACAUAGGAAACGCGUGACCGUCAUUUUAGCGUCUCCAAAAACGUUUGUAAUUCAGUUGCUAAUUAUCUGAUUUACAUAAAUCAUACAUCAAAAUGCUCGUCUUGAUGAGUACUAUCAAUUGCAAUAAUAACAGGACUUUACUAUCGCGCGCCGCGCAGCCCGUAAAACGAGAGCCGACGGGCCGUUCAGUUUUGAAGCCGGCACGCACUCGAUCCGAUCGGGGUGUGUCGGAAAACGCGAGCGUUUUGUUUCGUUUUCUUUGUUUACUCCAACAUGAUGUAUGUACAUACAAAAUGAAAUACAUUUUUUUCACUCAC